UCUAGCCUUCUAUACGUGAUAUCUAUGAGUAAAACACCGCUAGGCCCGCCUUUUAUUGUAACUGGAGGAUUCUAUGCAAUCAUCUUUACGUGCCUAAUAAUUUUACGUCAAUAUUCCAAGGAGGAGGAAGGGACUUGUGAGUCAUCAACAUGUCGAGCAAAAGGGCCAAGGGCAAGAAUACCAAAAAGCGUCCUCAGCGCGCCACCUCCAAUGUUUUUGCUAUGUUCGACCAGUCCCAGAUCCAAGAGUUCAAGGAGGCCUUCAACAUGAUUGACCAAAACAGGGACGGCUUCAUCGACAAGGAGGACUUGCAUGACAUGUUAGCCUCUUUAGGUAAGAACCCCACAGAUGACUAUUUGGAGGCCAUGAUGAAUGAAGCCCCAGGUCCCAUCAACUUCACCAUGUUCCUCACCAUGUUUGGGGAAAAGCUAAAUGGCACAGACCCUGAGGACGUCAUCCGCAAUGCUUUCGCCUGCUUUGACGAGGAGGGCACCGGUAUGAUCCAAGAAGAACAGCUUCGCGAGUUGCUGACCACCAUGGGUGACAGGUUCACAGAAGAAGAGGUGGACGAGCUCUUCCGCGAGGCGCCCAUUGACAAGAAGGGCAACUUCAAUUACGUGGCGUUCACACGCAUCCUCAAGCACGGCGCCAAGGACAAAGAUGAUUAGCUACCAGCCAGAGUUCUCUCUGUAUUACCUUUACCGCGCAUUUUGCCCACUGCAAAGUUAUGUAGCUGCUUCCUGCUCAUUUGCACAUCACUAAGAAGCUGUAUAAACUUGAAAAUAAGUAUUAACAUGUUAAUUUAACAAACUUUAUGUUGAUUAUUACUCACUUCUUGACACAAUAGGCAAGUGAUUCACAAAGUACGGCACAUGAAACACUUGUUUUUAACGUUUUGUUACAUACAGUGCCCUCCAUAAUUAUUGGCACCCCUGGUUAAGAUGUGUUUUUUAGCUCCUAAUAUUUUUUCUAUUCAAAUAAUAUGGGACCUUAAUGGAAAAAAAAGAGAAAA